AUGGCAGAGUCAGGGGUUCCUCUUCCCACCCUCCAGUGGUACAAGGACGCCAUCUCCAUCAGCAAGCUCCAGAAUCCUCGAUACAAGAUGCUCUCAAGCGGAGGCCUGCGCAUCCAGAAGCUGCGUCCCGAGGACUCCGGGAUCUUCCAGUGCUUUGCCAGUAAUGAAGGAGGGGAGAUCCAGACCUACACCUACCUGGACGUGACCAAUGUUGUACCAGCGUUUACCCAGCUUCCGGUGGACACCACGGUCACCGAUGGGAUGAUGGCUGUCCUGAGGUGCGAGGUGUCUGGAGCCCCCAAGCCCGCCAUCACGUGGAGGAGAGGAAAGCAUAUUUUGGCCAGUGGCUCCGUGCGGAUUCCUAGGUUCAUGCUUCUGGAGUCUGGGGGUCUACAGAUUGCCCCCGUCUUCAUCCAGGAUGCUGGCAACUACACCUGCUACGCAGCCAACACGGAGGGGUCCCUGAACGCGUCCGCAGUGCUGACCGUGUGGAAUCGCACGUCCAUCGUUAACCCUCCGGAGGACCGCGUGGUGAUUAAGGGGACCACGGCCACGCUGCGCUGCGGAGCCACUCACGACCCCCGGAUUGCCCUCCGCUACGUCUGGAAGAAGGACAACGCAGUCAUCACCCCGUCCAGCAGUUCCAGGGUCGUGGUGGAGAAGGACGGGUCCCUCCUCAUUAGCCAGACGUGGUCGGGUGACAUCGGAGACUACACCUGUGAAAUCGUGUCCGAAGGCGGGAACGACUCCAGAACGGCCCGGCUGGAGGUGAUCAGUACGGUCAGCUGUCCCGACUCCAAGUGA